UGUGCGGCAGAAGUUUGAGAACUAGUUUUGCACUUGUUCAUGAUGUCGAUGUCUGAGGACGAUUUGGGGCUUAUUUCUGCUGGUUUCACGGCUGUUCUCGGCUAUCAUGUUGUCCCACCGAGUCGUGGUAUUGGUUUGCCUAAACUUAACACCCAGGAAGUGUCAAGAGUGUUUAAGUGCACGUAUGUACCACGUUCGCUGGAGGGCAUUGAUCCUGGAGAAGUGUUUGAGAUUAAUGCAAUAUGUAUAAAUGGUUGUCAAAUAACAGUACAAGUAACAAACGACCACACCAUCGCUGAUAUCAAGGCUGACGUUGAGAUCAAACACGGCAUCGACUCGAAUCACGUCAGACUGAUGUUUAAUCGGAACCAAGUGGAAGAUCACCAAAGUGUCCGAGACAUUGGCAUUCGAAGGGGUGGGAGAUUGCAUUUUAUGUUAAAACUUAGAGGAGGUGGCCCUGAUUUUCAGUUGGACAUUGAUCUAUUGGACCCACCGUACGACUAUGAUUUAACCGACGUUGAGGAUAAUGGGAAAGAUUAUCGUCGAGGUGGAAGAGAGUACAAGAGGCCAUAUGGAUGGAAGAGGUUUGCCUUGAAGGUUCUUGGCAAAUAUGAAGAUGACACUUGGUUUGGAACAGACGGAAUACGUACACAGGAAAACCAAGGUGAAUGGCCUGUAAGCUACCACGGGACAAACAUGCAGUCAGCCCGAGCAAUCAUGGCGUCUGGCUACAUGGCCGGUCCAGGUCAAAAAUAUGGUAAAGCGGUCUAUUCCAGUCCUUCCCUUGAUAUGGUGGAACAGCGCUAUGCAAAAAUCUUUGAACAUGAUGGUAGCACUUAUAAGAUCGCACUUCAAAACCGUGUCAAUCCUUCUCCAGGCCACUUUCAAGUCAUUUCUGCUGAGGAGACAGGGACAGGGGCUGAGUAUUGGUUAUCACCGAAACAUGACACGGGGAAUAACAUUCAUGAUAUUAGGGCUUAUGGUCUUUUGUUCAAGAAAGUAAGUGAUAAUAGUAAUGCCGUUGUUUACAAUACGGUUCCGAGUUGUAACUUACAGUAAGGCAUCUGAGAUACAGAAAACACAGCACGGACACAGAAAAAUACAAGACAAGAGACAAGACAAAUGGUAAAUUCACCCAUGUCCAUUAGAGAUAUAAUCUGUGAUAAUGGACUGUUAUAGCAAUCCAUAAACUCAAUGUGCAAAGCAUAUUUAACACUAACCAGCAAGUACACUUAGUAACUCGAGAUUGUUAAUAAUCUUUAGAUGGAUAGCGAGUUGGUAACAUAUCCACUGUAGCCGAUUUUAUUUAUAGCAAUUAUUAUAGCUAGCGGUUUCUAAUUUUAAGUUAAGGUGGAUUGGGGAAUAUUUGCACAAUAAAGAGUCAAACAGUAUGACAAAAGGUUGUAUUGAACAGUAUUAAAGUUGUAUGAGGUUACGCUUUUUAGGUCGAAAUUGGUCAAAGUGUUCGCUUUUUGUUGUCUAAGGCUGAUUUGGAGUUAAUUUGCAAAAUACCGAAUCGGUUUUUAUAUGUUUAAUAUCAUGUAAAUCACUAUAUCAUGUAGGCGAGUGAUUGUUUGAGAUAUUUAUCAGGUUUAAAAGUUGAAGAGAUCUAAAUUCUCGGAAUCAGUAUUAAUAAUGCAUGCAACCAAAGUGUAUUACAUUAUUAAAAUAAAAACAAAGGAAAAAUAGUACAAUAAAGAUUCAUAAAGUAUG